AUGUUUGAUGUUUAACCAAUCCUUGUUAUUUUUAUCAUUAAUUUAUUUAUCUAGUAAAUGGGAAACAAUAAUGUCUGCUUAGGUGAGAUCCAGAACAAUGCUUCUCGUUAAGGAUCUCCCGACACCAAAUGGAAAAGAGAAGAUCUAAAAUCAGGCUCAUGUGUUUAAACACUAAUUAAUAAAGAAAACACUAAUUAAUAAAGAAAACACUAAUUUCUUUAAGAUAGUCUAAUGUGGAUCCUCAACAACUUUCUAUAAAAUGAACAUUCAGCUUCAAGAUGGGCCCAAGCUAUUUCCACCUUGAAAUAUGUAGAUGACAUCCAAACUACCAUCAAUCUAUUAUACAAUAGAUCUAAAUUCGAAGAACUCAUUGCCAGGAGUGGGUUAUUGUUAGGGGAUGAACUUUGCUUGUGCUCUAACUUUGAUUGUACUUUUGAAUGCUUUAUGUAAAUGCUAACAAAUGAAAAACACUUACUUUGCUUUAAUUUUGUCAUGAUAUGCGAUUGCAUUUCUUUUUCACCAAAUUGA